AUGAACGACCUCCCCACGUCCACAUUUGCUCUUCCCUUCGAACGACCGCAUUCCAACACUUCCGAACCAUCAUCCAUUCUGUCAAUGCCAACCACAAUCACAGAAGUAAUGCAAGAUGAUGCUCUUCAAGUUUGCAUCGACCUUGCAGAAAGGUCCCGCCGCCACAGUUUGGGGCUUAUGCGAAAGCCUGUUCGGUCUUCUCCUCUCGCAAGGCCAUCACUUUGCGACGAUGUUGUAGAAGUUGACGAGGCUGCAAUGGCCCCUUUUCCAAGCCCAACGAGGACAGCCUCUUCCCCAAAUCUCCGUUCUCUUACUACACAAUCCGAUUCCACGCUCAAGAAGAAUCUUUCCCGACGAGCCUCAAUAUUCGAUUUAGUUAGACGACCGCGCAAAUCGAGCGCUCUCCCAGCUCCCAAGAAAAACGAACGAGUUGUGGGCAUCAAAUCGGAACCUGGAUACAAGGCAAAGCCACCUGCGCGCCUUGAUCUUGGUCUGGCUCAUUCAGGGAUGAAAUUAGAUUUACCCUUGCCUCCUCCACUAUCUCCUCGUCGUCGUUCGAGAGCUCGUUCACGCAGCGAGAUGACUUCAGCGAAUAUGCCUGUAAUCGUUAAAACACCUGAUCUCGCUGCUUUCCCACUCCCCCCGCCUAACUACCCCGUUGCGCGGACGCAAGCAUCUUCGAACCAACGCCAUUCACUCUCGAGGUCCAAUUCUUCCAGCCGCACUUCGCUGUUAAGUGCCCUUGGGCCAGACCGUGUCGACAAUGACACCGGCGACAGUUGGCUUACGUCUCUUCCGUUUGGCGAUCCCGAUACCCCGCGAUUUUCGCGACUCGGCCUCUCCGCCUCGACAGUCGUUCUUCCUGUGCCCGCCAAGGCAGCUAAAAGGAAAUCGCUGCGCGGAGAAGGCGGCAAACGUAUUUCGCUUGCUCCACCCACUGAGGAUAUCAAAUCGCAAACACCGCCCCCUUUUUCGCAACAGUUGCACAUCAUUACAAAUGGCACGAUGAGCAUAGUUUCGACCGCGGUACCGCCCCGGGCAAGCAGUCUUCAGAAUUCUCCCUCUGGCACUAUUGCCAGUGUCAGCACCCCCAGUUUGCGAAGUAGCCGCUCGCCAUCACUGUCAUCUGAUGGUCCUUCGACUCCAGAUGCGGUUUGGUCGCGUAGUGUGGUGGGGGUUGAGACGUCUGGUGACGAUCCAACCGUCGUUAGCAGGGAAUCACUCGACUUGGACUUGUUGAGUGAGCUGGUCGGACGGGAGUUUGCGAUGAGGUCACCAUGUCCGUUUAUCUUGACUCAAGACGCGGAAUCCGAUGACGGGCAUGGCAUUCGAGGCAUGUCAUCAGAGAAAUCCAAGCUAGUCAACGAAAAUCUGGCUACUCUCACUCCCGCUCCAGCUGCUCACGACCGAUCUACGAGUGGCAUCGUCAAAGAUACUGCCAGUGUCAACUCCAAUUCGCGUGCGAGCACUGGCAAUAUGUGGCUAUCGCGUCCUGUUUCGGACACCGCUUCACUUCGGCAUCGUCGAUCGUCUGCAAACUCACAACAGGGUACCAGCUUUUUGUGGUUUGGGUCUGGCGACUCGACAUUUGGAGCCGAAUCCCAGGAAGAGGAGCAGCCUAAGGACGUUGCUCUUACUGUCCGUGACCACGCAAGGAGGCGAUCUCGGUCGCUGUCAACGCUAGCGCUAGACCCAGGUCUAGACAGCCCCGGGAAACGCGACACGAGCUGGGUUCCUCGUAGCAAGGCCAGCAAGUUGCUUGGCAUGGAUGAACCCUUCGUCCCCGAUGCUGCGACUCCGCACUAUUCGAAGAAAAGUGCGUUACAAGACGCUGACAUUCCUGAGGGCAAGACAGGAUCGUCUUCUUUGCGUCGGUUAUUACGAUCCAUUGGACUUGCGCGCAAGCCUCAAUAUCCUAAUUCUGAUUUCGCCGCGUUUACUCACCAGGCAGACAUUUAG